CGUGAGGCGGCGCCGGGCCGGGCCUGGCGAGGCUGCGACCGGCCCCGCUCCGCCGGCCCCGCUCCGCUCCGCUCCGGCCGCUCCACCGGCCCCUCCGCUCCUCUCCCCGCGGCCCCGCUCCUCCCCGCUCCCCCGAGCAGCCGCCGGUGCCCGGGAUGAGCCGCCCGCGCCGGCCGCAGGGCCGGGCUCGCCGAGCGGAGCCUCGAGGGAUGGGAUCGCUCCAGCUCUGAGCCGCGCAGCCCCUGCUCCGCCAUGGGCGACUCUCCGGCCGGGAAGAGCCCCCCGGAGCCGGGCAGUUCCCCGGGGGGCGGCGCCGGGGGCUCCUCCCUGAGCGUCAUCACGGAGGGCGUGGGCGAGCUGGCCCUCAUCGACGCCGAGGUGGCCAAGAAGGCCUGCGAGGAGGUGCUGGAGAAGGUGAAGCAGCUGCACGGCUCCUGCCCCGAGGCGCUGCCCAACGGGGAGAGCUGCCAGAUCCGCUGCCUGGACGAGCCGCCGGGCUCGCGCAUCCAGGAGGAGGAGGAGGAGAGCUCGGCCGCGGCCAGGACGGCGCGGAAGCGCCAGAACCAGGCCAAGCAGUCGUGGCUGCUGCGCCUCUUCGAGUCCAAGCUCUUCGACAUCUCCAUGGCCAUCUCCUACCUGUACAACUCCAAGGAGCCCGGCGUGCAGGCCUACAUCGGGAACCGCCUGUUCUGCUUCCGCAACGAGGAGGUGGAUUUCUACCUGCCCCAGCUGCUCAACAUGUACAUCCACAUGGACGAGGACGUGGGCGACGCCAUCAAGCCCUACAUCGUGCACCGCUGCCGCCAGAGCAUCGACUUCUCGCUGCAGUGCGCGCUGCUGCUGGGCGCCUACUCCUCGGACAUGCACAUCUCCACGCAGCGCCACUCCCGCGGCACCAAGCUCCGCAGGCUCAUCCUCUCCGACGAGCUGAAGCCGGCGGGCAGGAGGAGGGAGCUGGGCACCGCCCUGCCCGGGGCCGACACGGGGCUGUCGCCCUCCAAACGGACUCACCAGAGGUCCAAGUCGGACGCCACGGUGUCCAUCAGCCUCAGCAGCAACCUGAAGCGCACGGCCAGCAACCCCAAGGUGGAGAGCGAGGAGGAGGAAUUCUCCUCGAGUACGGAAAGCCUGGAUAAAUCCCUGGCUCCCCCGGCCCGGCUGGCUCCGGAGCGGGAGUUCAUCAAGUCGCUGAUGGCCAUCGGCAAGCGCCUGGCCACGCUGCCCACCAAGGAGCAGAAGACGCAGCGCCUGAUCUCGGAGCUCUCCCUGCUCAACCACAAACUGCCCGCGCGCGCCUGGCUGCCCACGGCCGCCUUCGAGCACCACGUGGUGCGCGUGCCCCACUCGCAGGCCGUGGUGCUCAACUCCAAGGACAAGGCUCCCUAUUUAAUCUACGUGGAAGUGCUGGAAUGUGACAAUUUCGACACGGCGAAUGUCCCCGCGCGCAUCCCGGAGAACCGGAUCCGGAGCACGCGCUCGGCCGAGAACCUUCCGGAAUGCGGCAUGGGCCCCGAGCAGAGGGCCGGCAGCUUCAGCACCGUCCCCAACUACGACAACGACGACGAGGCCUGGUCCGUGGACGACAUCGUGGAGCUCCAGGUGGAGCUCCCAGAGAUGCACACCAACAGCUGUGACAACAUCUCCCAGUUUUCCGUGGAUUCCAUCACCAGCCAGGAGAGCCGGGAGCCCGUCUUCAUCGCCGCCGGGGACAUCCGGCGGCGGCUGUCGGAGCAGCUGGCCCACACGCCCACGGCGUUCCGCAGGGACCCCGAGGACCCCUCGGCCGUGGCCCUCAAGGAGCCCUGGCAGGAGAAAGUCAGGAGGAUCCGGGAAGCCUCUCCCUACGGGCACCUGCCCUCGUGGCGCCUCCUCUCCGUCAUCGUCAAGUGCGGGGACGACCUGCGGCAGGAGCUGCUGGCCUUCCAGGUGCUCAAGCAGCUCCAGGCCAUCUGGGAGCAGGAGCGGGUCCCGCUCUGGAUCCGGCCCUACAAGAUCCUGGUGAUCUCGGCCGACAGCGGGAUGAUCGAGCCCGUGCUCAGCGCCGUCUCCCUGCACCAGAUCAAGAAGCAGUCCCAGCUCUCCCUGCUGGAUUAUUUCCUGCAGGAGCACGGCAGCGCCAACAGCGAGAGCUUCCUGUCGGCCCAGAGGAACUUCGUCAGGAGCUGCGCGGGCUACUGCCUGGUCUGCUACCUGCUGCAGGUCAAGGACAGGCACAACGGGAACAUCCUGCUGGACGCCGAGGGCCACAUCAUCCACAUCGACUUCGGCUUCAUCCUGAGCAGCUCCCCCCGGAACCUCGGCUUCGAGACCUCGGCCUUCAAACUCACCUCCGAGUUCGUGGACGUGAUGGGUGGCCUGGACGGGGACAUGUUCAACUACUACAAGAUGCUGAUGCUGCAGGGGCUGAUUGCUGCCCGCAAGCACAUGGACAAGGUGGUGCAGAUCGUGGAGAUCAUGCAGCAAGGCUCGCAGCUGCCCUGCUUCCACGGCUCCUCCACCAUCCGGCACCUCAAGGAGCGUUUCCACAUGAACCUGACGGAGGAGCAGCUGCAGCUGCUGGUGGAGCAGAUGGUGGACGGCUCCAUGAGAUCCAUCACCACCAAGCUCUACGACGGCUUCCAGUACCUCACCAACGGCAUCAUGUGAAAUUCCAGAGGCCCCGCCCGGGGGAAAAGGAAAAAGAAAAAAAAUCCCCGGAAAAAAUUUCUGGGAAAAAAAAAAAAAAAAAAAUUCCCUCCCCCAGGAAGAAACGGGAGAAUUCCAAACUUCCCGAUUCUGUUCCCUUGGG